AUGCUAAUUGAUGUAUUUAUCCUUGUUUUUCUAGUGAUAUGCAGUUUUCGAGGAUCUGUCCCUCAAGGGUUGGUCUUAGAAAUAGGAGAAACAGUCCAGAUUCUUGAAAAAUGUGAAGGUUGGUACAGAGGAGUUUCAACAAAGAAGCCAAAUGUAAAGGGGAUCUUUCCUGCAAAUUACAUUCACUUGAAAAAGGCAAUUGUCAGUAAUAGGGGGCAGUAUGAAACUGUGGUUCCACUAGAAGAUUCUAUUGUGACGGAGGUUACAGCAACUCUACAAGAAUGGGCCAGUCUGUGGAAACAACUCUAUGUGAAACACAAAGUAGAUCUUUUCUACAAGCUACGCCAUGUGAUGAAUGAGCUUAUUGACCUGCGAAGGCAGCUACUGUCUGGUCACCUGACUCAGGAUCAGGUGCGGGAGGUUAAGCGGCACAUCACCGUGCGCCUGGACUGGGGUAAUGAGCAUUUGGGCCUGGAUCUGGUACCUCGAAAGGACUUUGAAGUAGUGGAUUCAGACCAGAUUAGUGUCUCAGAUCUCUAUAAAAUGCAUUUAUCUAGCCGGCAGAGUGUACAGCAAAGCACGUCCCAGGUGGAUACGAUGCGCCCACGUCAUGGGGAAGCUUGUCGGAUGCCAGUGCCACAUCACUUCUUCCUCAGCCUGAAGAGUUUCACCUACAACACCAUCGGGGAAGAUACCGACGUCUUCUUUUCCUUAUAUGAUAUGAGAGAAGGCAAGCAGAUCAGUGAGCGGUUUCUGGUGAGACUGAACAAGAAUGGUGGGCCAAGGAACCCAGAGAAGAUAGAACGAAUGUGUGCCCUUUUUACAGAUCUGAGCAGCAAAGAUAUGAAGAGAGAUUUGUAUAUAGUUGCCCAUGUGAUACGAAUAGGCCGGAUGCUCCUCAAUGACUCAAAGAAGGGCCCUGCUCACCUGCAUUACCGACGACCAUACGGCUGUGCGGUCCUAAGCAUCCUGGAUGUCCUACAGUCUCUCACAGAAUUGAAGGAAGAAAAGGAUUUUGUUCUUAAGGUUUACACGUGCAACAACGAGAGCGAGUGGUCCCAGACCCACGAGAACAUCAUCCGCAAGUCCAGCGCCAAGUAUUCCGCCCCCAGUGCCAGCCACGGUCUUAUCAUUUCUCUGCAGCUUCUUCGAGGAGACAUGGAACAGAUUCGGAGAGAAAACCCUAUGAUAUUCAACAGGGGAUUGGCGAUUACAAGAAAAUUGGGAUUUCCUGAUGUCAUCAUGCCAGGCGAUAUCCGCAAUGACCUGUACCUAACCCUGGAGAAGGGGGAUUUUGAGAGAGGGGGAAAGAGGGUACAAAAGAAUAUUGAAGUGACCAUGUAUGUGCUUUAUGCAGAUGGAGAAAUCCUAAAGGAUUGCAUCAGCUUGGGUUCAGGAGAGCCGAACAGGAGUUCCUACCACUCCUUCGUCCUCUACCACAGUAACAGCCCUCGCUGGGGGGAAAUUAUCAAACUGCCCAUCCCCAUCGACCGGUUCCGGGGCUCCCACCUGCGCUUCGAGUUCAGACACUGCUCCACGAAGGACAAAGGGGAAAAGAAGCUCUUUGGCUUUGCAUUCUCACCCCUGAUGCGGGAUGAUGGCACCACUCUCUCCGAUGACAUCCACGAGCUCUAUGUGUACAAGUGCGAUGAGAACAGCACGUUUAACAACCACGCUCUGUACCUGGGCCUGCCCUGCUGCAAAGAGGACUACAACGGCUGCCCGAACAUCCCCUCCAGCCUCAUCUUCCAGCGCAGCACCAAAGAGUCUUUCUUCAUCUCCACGCAGCUCUCCUCCACCAAGCUCACCCAGAACGUGGACCUCCUUGCUCUGCUCAAGUGGAAGGCCUUUCCAGACAGGAUCAUGGACAUCCUUGGGCGGCUGCGGCAUGUCAGCGGAGAGGAAAUUGUUAAGUUCCUGCAGGACAUCUUAGAUACGCUCUUCGUGAUUCUGGACGAUAAUACAGAGAAGUACGGCCUACUGGUGUUCCAGUCUUUGGUAUUCAUCAUCAACCUGCUCAGAGACAUCAAGUAUUUCCACUUCCGGCCUGUAAUGGACACGUACAUCCAGAAGCACUUUGCUGGAGCCCUGGCAUACAAGGAGCUCAUCCGCUGUCUGAAGUGGUACAUGGACUGCUCAGCAGAACUGAUUCGGCAGGACCACAUUCAAGAAGCCAUGCGGGCCUUGGAGUACCUUUUCAAGUUCAUCGUGCAGUCGAGGAUCCUGUACUCACGAGCUACCUGUGGGAUGGAAGAGGAGCAGUUCCGGUCGAGCAUCCAAGAACUUUUCCAGUCCAUUCGGUUUGUGCUCAGUCUGGACAGCAGAAACUCGGAAACACUCCUGUUCACGCAGGCUGCACUCCUCAAUUCCUUCCCAACCAUCUUUGAUGAGCUGCUGCAGAUGUUCACCGUGCAGGAGGUGGCAGAGUUUGUGAGAGGGACCCUGGGAAGCAUGCCCAGCACUGUCCACAUCGGGCAGUCGAUGGACGUGGUGAAGCUGCAGUCCAUCGCCAGGACUGUGGACAGCCGCCUGUUUUCUUUCCCAGAAUCCCGCCGCAUCCUGCUUCCUGUGGUUCUCCACCAUAUUCACCUCCACCUGCGGCAGCAGAAAGAGCUGCUCAUCUGCUCAGGGAUUCUUGGCAGCAUCUUCUCCAUCGUCAAGACCAGCUCUCUGGAGGCAGAUGUCAUGGAGGAGGUAGAAAUGAUGGUGGAGAGCCUCCUGGACGUGCUCUUGCAGACUCUGCUCACCAUCAUGAGCAAAUCGCACGCUCAGGAGGCGGUAAGAGGGCAGCGGUGCCCGCAGUGCACAGCCGAGAUCACUGGUGAGUAUGUGUCCUGCCUUCUCUCGCUGCUCCGCCAGAUGUGUGACACCCACUACCAGCACCUCCUGGACAACUUCCAGAGCAAAGAUGAACUCAAGAAGCUGAAAGCCGACAAUAUUCCCAUACAGCCAGACCCUGGUGACACUGGCAGGUUUUCCCUGACUGAAAGCAGCCCUGUGACCAUGUUCCUCUGGGAAAAGCUGCUCAGCCACACUGGUGGCUUCCUUCCUAUCAUAGUCACUACCGUCCAGUACUUGUCUUCUGCACUGCACAAGAAUUUCACAGAGACAGACUUCGACUUUAAGGUGUGGAAUUCUUAUUUUAGCCUGGCAGUUCUGUUCAUAAAUCAGCCAAGCCUCCAGCUCGAAGUCAUCACUUCAGCCAAGAGGAAGAAGAUUCUAGAUAAGUAUGGGGACAUGCGUGUGAUGAUGGCUUAUGAACUGUUCAGCAUGUGGCAAAAUUUAGGUGAACAUAAGAUCCACUUCAUCCCAGGAAUGAUCGGUCCUUUUCUGGGUGUGACGCUGGUCCCACAGCCGGAAGUGCGGAAUAUCAUGAUUCCCAUCUUUCAUGACAUGAUGGACUGGGAGCAGAGGAAAAAUGGCAACUUCAAACAGGUGGAGGCCGAGCUGAUCGACAAGCUGGACAGCAUGGUGUCGGAAGGGAAAGGCGACGAGAGCUACAGGGAGCUCUUCGGCCUGCUAACCCAGCUGUUUGGGCCCUACCCCAGCCUGCUGGAGAAGGUCGAACAGGAAACCUGGCGUGAGACCGGCAUUUCCUUCGUGACGUCAGUCACCCGCCUCAUGGAACGCCUUCUUGACUACAGGGACUGCAUGAAAGGAGAGGAGACGGAGAACAAGAAGAUCGGCUGCACUGUUAACCUGAUGAACUUUUACAAAUCGGAGAUUAACAAAGAAGAGAUGUACAUUCGCUACAUCCAUAAGCUUUGUGACAUGCAUUUGCAGGCCGAAAACUACACAGAGGCUGCGUUCACUCUGCUCCUCUACUGCGAGCUGCUGCAGUGGGAGGAGCGGCCCCUGCGGGAAUUCCUCCACUACCCGUCUCAGCCUGAGUGGCAGCGGAAAGAGGGGCUGUGUCGCAAGGUCAUCCACUACUUCAACAAAGGCAAGAGCUGGGAGUUUGGGAUCCCACUGUGCAGGGAACUGGCGUGUCAGUACGAGAGCCUCUACGAUUAUCAGAGCCUCAGCUGGAUUCGGAAAAUGGAAGCCAGCUACUACGACAACAUCAUGGAGCAGCAGCGCCUGGAGCCCGAGUUCUUCCGGGUCGGCUUCUACGGCCGGAAGUUUCCUUUCUUCCUCCGGAACAAAGAAUACGUGUGCCGUGGCCAUGACUACGAGAGGCUGGAGGCCUUCCAGCAGAGGAUGCUCAGCGAGUUCCCACAGGCCGUCGCCAUGCAGCACCCCAACCAGCCCGACGACGCCAUCCUGCAGUGCGAGGCCCAGUAUUUGCAGAUCUAUGCGGUGACACCCAUUCCCGAUUACGUGGAUGUCCUGCAGAUGGACCGGGUCCCGGAUCGUGUCAAGAGCUUCUACCGGGUCAACAAUGUGAGGAAGUUCCGGUACGACAGGCCUUUUCACAAAGGCCCCAAAGACAAAGAGAAUGAAUUCAAGAGCCUGUGGAUCGAGCGUACCACGCUGACCCUGACCCACAGCUUGCCCGGCAUCUCUCGGUGGUUCGAGGUGGAGAGGAGGGAACUGGUGGAGGUGAGUCCCCUGGAGAAUGCCAUCCAAGUGGUGGAGAAUAAGAACCAGGAGCUGCGGGCCCUGAUCGGCCAGUAUCAGCACAAGCAGGCGCAUGGCAACGUCAGCCUGCUCAGCAUGUGCCUGAACGGCGUCAUCGACGCGGCGGUCAACGGAGGCAUCGCCCGCUACCAGGAGGCCUUCUUUGAUAAGGAUUACAUCACCAAGCACCCCGGAGAUGCCGAGAAGAUCGCCCAGCUCAAGGAGCUCAUGCAGGAGCAGGUCCAUGUCCUUGGAGUCGGGCUGGCAGUUCAUGAGAAGUUUGUGCACCCAGAAAUGCGGCCUCUGCAUAAGAAGCUGAUCGAUCAGUUCCAGAUGAUGCGGGCCAGUCUCUACCACGAGUUUCCGGGUUUGGACAAGCUAAGUCCUGCAUGUUCAGGCACCAGCACCCCCCGGGGGAAUGUCCUAGCAUCCCACAGUCCCAUGAGCCCUGAGAGCAUCAAGAUGACCCACCGGCACAGCCCCGUGAACUUGAUGGGCACAGGCCGCCAUUCGUCAUCCUCUCUGUCCUCACAUGCAUCUAGCGAAGCGGGAAAUGUGGUGAUGCUGGGCGACAGCUCCAUGGGCGAGGCCCCCGAGGACCUGUACCACCACAUGCAGCUCGCGUAUCCCAACCCCAGGUACCAGGGCUCGGUCACGAAUGUCUCUGUUCUGUCCUCGUCCCAGGCAAGCCCUUCUUCCUCCAGCCUGAGUUCCACUCACUCAGCACCAUCCCAGAUGAUUACCUCUGCCCCUUCCAGUGCCCGAGGCUCUCCCUCUCUGCCAGAUAAGUACCGCCAUGCCCGGGAAAUGAUGUUGCUGCUGCCCACGCAUCGGGACCGUCCGAGCAGUGCCAUGUAUCCAGCAGCCAUCCUGGAGAAUGGACAGCUGCCAAAUUUCCAGCGAGCCCUGUUCCAGCAAGUGGUCGGAGCCUGCAAACCCUGCAGUGACCCCAAUCUCUCUGUGGCUGAAAAAGGUCAUUACUCCCUACACUUUGACGCCUUCCACCACCCCCUGGGUGACACGCCCCCGGCCCUCCCUGCCCGGACCCUGCGCAAGUCUCCUCUCCACCCUAUCCCAGCCUCCCCCACCAGCCCCCAGUCGGGCCUGGAUGGCAGCAACUCUACGCUGUCCGGCAGUGCCAGCAGCGGCGUGUCCUCCUUGAGUGAGAGUAACUUUGGGCACUCCUCAGAGGCCCCGCCUCGAACCGACACCAUGGACUCCAUGCCAAGCCAGGCCUGGAACGCUGACGGAGACCUCGAGGCCCCCUACCUCCCUGUCCACUACAGCCUCUCCGAGUCCGCUGUCCUGGACUCCAUCAAGGUCCAGCCCUGCCGAAGCCACUCAGCCCCAGGAUGUGUCAUCCCUCAGGACCCCAUGGACCCACCUGCGCUGCCACCCAAGCCCUACCACCCCCGCCUGCCGGCCCUGGAGCAUGAGGAGGCUGUGCUGCUGCGCGAAGAGGCCGACAGGCCCCGGGGCUUGCACCGCAAGGCCUCACUGCCUCCUGGGAGCGCCAAGGAAGAACAGGCCCGCACGUCCUGGGAGCACGGCCGAGGGGAGCAGUGAGGGGCAGGGAGGUGGCGGGACACCGUCCUCAGUGAGCAGCUGGCCCAUCCAUUGCAGGUCUGAAAAGCAGGUCGCCCCCAGGGAGCCAGAGAGGCCUGGCACUCAGGAGAGAACACCCAAGUCUGCGUUCUACUGCCGUGAACUUGUGUGCUGCCACGCAGAGGCCGCAGCAGCAUGAGGGUUGUGGCUUCUCUUCAUUUCAUGUGUUCCCAUUUCUAUGUGUUUUCCUUUCCUUUGUGCAGUAGAUGCUGUUUUCCUCCUGCAGUUCCAGACCACGUGGAGCUAGAUGGAGAUAUUGCACAGACAGAACCGCUUCGCAGCUUUGCAGGGUCUAGGGUAGGAGCCCGGGCCCUCCCUCCAGG